AUUUACAAUUUUAUAUUAAAAAUACACACUCAACAAUAAAUUAUUUCCGUACUCGAGUACACUUCACAAAUACCUAUUAGAAAAAUGCACGAAGGCAACGAAGAGGAGCUUGGAGGUGGCCGUGGUGAAGACCACAGAGAAGGCCGGGAAAUGACGGAUUGUCCGAAGGGGCUAACUGAAAUGAAAUAUAGUUAUAAUGUGCCGAAAAUCAAGAAGAAAUUGACCACUCGUGCCAACCGAAUGGAACAGUUUUUGUGGAAAGAGUUUUAUGACGAGUACAUUCGUCAAAAUUCCAUACCGAUGGUGGAGCCAAAGCACAGCACAGAAUAUAACGAUCAAUAUUGCAAGGAAAUACCGAGCGAUGAUGUGGAGAAAAAGGAGGUGUUGGCCAAUAAAUAUCCGGUCUAUUGCACAACGGCCAUUACUUUGUGGAAUCACGAAGGCGACGUUACAAAGACGUUCAAGAAAAAGUACUCAAUAACACGGCCAAUAGCAGAGUGCUCAGAAAAGUUUGCUCCAUAGAAUUCACAGCCAAUAAUAAUUGCAUUAGCAAAAGUA